AUGGAUUCGUGCGAGGCGGCUCAGAUCGUGUUCGCCAGGGUCAAGGCGAUCGAUGGGGAGAAUGUGAAUCGAGUGAUGGGGUAUCUGCUGCUCAAGAACUCGGAUAUGUUUAGCCUCGCCUUUAGCACGGAUCCGGAGCUCAAAUCGACCGUCGCCAAGGCCAAGAAGGAGCUCUUCUGCAACGAGAAUCAUCUGGCAACGAUCGGUGGCAUCGGCGAGUUCGGUGGAUCAUCGGCUACCAAGGCCAAUGGUUCCAGAAGCAAAGCUCCAGCCAAGAUCGCGGUUCCGGCGCCCGACGAGGAUCCCCCCAAGCCAUGCAUGUAUUUUGCCAAGGGAUUUUGCAAGAACGGGAGCAGCUGCCGCUUCAUCCACGAUUCCGCGCUGCUCCAGUCGGAUUCCCCGCCGAAAGAUCAGUUCUUGUCGAUGGAGCGCCUGGAAUUCCAGCUCCAGGAGCUCUUGCGCUCGCGCAAAGGCGUUCCCAUCUCCGUCUCCUCGCUGCCGCAGAUUUACUUCGAGAAGUAUGGGCGCUGGCUGGAAGCCGAUGGCUAUGUCUCCGAGAGCCAGCGCCACGCGAAGCCGAGCUACACCCUCACAAAGCUUCUUAGCAAGUUCCAGAGCGUCACCGUCGUCGAGAGGCCCCAUCGGCAGCACGCUCUCAUGCUCGCGGAGGAUGUUCCAAAAUACAGCGCUCACAAGGUGGAUCUGGACGAAUGUAACGAUCCAAGCCCUUGCUCCAGACAAAUCUAUCUCACGUUUCCAUGCGAUAGCAAUUUCUCCGAGGAGGACGUCGCGACACACUUCCGAGCUUACGGUCCCGUGGAAGACGUGAGAAUUCCAACCCAGCACAAGCGAAUGUUUGGGUUUGUGACGUUCACGUACGCUGAGACGGUGAGGAUGAUUCUGGCCGAAGGAAAUCCUCACCAUGUCUGUGGUGCGCGGGUGCUCGUCAAACCAUACCGCGAGAAAUCCAAGCCUAUGAACAAGAAGCAGAUGGAGAAACUGCUUCAUCCAGCCAAGGAAGAAGCUAAACCUCCGAGCAUUAUAGGCAGUGAUGCGGAUCGGAGACUCGAGGAAGAAAAAAAGGCUAUGAAGAAGCUUGAGAUGCUAAUGGCCGAGGUCCGAGCCAAAACUCGUGCCAAAUUGGAGGCGCAAGCCGUUUCCGAUCUACUUUCACCCGAGAAUACUACGAAGCAGUUCUUUAAUGAUCCGGACUUGGCGGUACCACUGCGAGAGCUCAAAGUGUUCCCUCGAGGAGGGGGAUACCUGACUAAACCGCUCUCACCGGACUUUCCUCUCGAUUAUACCCGUGACUGCGAUCCAGAAGUGAUGAAGAAGCGUUUCCUGGAAUCUCAGCUUCGAAACAGUUUGGGAUUGCCUCCGAAUUCAUCGUUGAUUGCGAAUGGACAGUACGACGCUUCUGGCAACUGCUGCAUCUGCUUUCGUCUCGUCGUGGAUCCCAUUCGCCUGGAAUGCAACCAUGCGUUUUGCGAGCAGUGUGUUCUCAGGAUCCUCCAGGGUGCCCCGAGUGACGAGUGCCCGAUUUGCAGCUGGAACGCAGAGACUCAAACCUACAACAGGAUGAUACACAAGGAAGAGAUGGAAUCGUGGCUGCCUCCGCCCCAGCACCAGCAGCCAAUCUGGUCGCGAUUCGGCUUAGAAUCCGCCGAAAUUCCCGAGCUGGGGGUGUGUUCUUCGAUCGGCAAUGAGGAGCAGGCACUAGAUUCAAGCGGAUGGGGCCCCGGCACGCGCCCAGGGGCCCCAUUUUCUCCAGUGUUGUGGGCUCAUGAUUUCUGGAGCUGGGAGAAGAUGAGGUGA